GGUGAGGGGAGUGGGCUGGGAUUGGAGUCGGCAGAGGACAGCAGCGUCUGGUGCCAUGGGGCGGCUGGGGAGGUACGUGGCUGGUAAGAUCUCCUGCAAGGAGGGGAAGGCAGCCUCAUUUGCUUGGUAGCCUUUAAUUUACCUGCGUGCACACCCCACUGCCAUUUUGAAAACCCACCUACUGCUCCCUCGGGAGGCUGGGGGAGAGUGCACCCAGCCUGAGCGUCCAUACAAGACAUGGGAGGGGAAUGUAGCCCCUGCUCGUCCACAGCGGGGAGAUGAAACUGGGGCCACUGCUCUGCUCUUUAAUGUCUCUUCCUCAAGAGAGGGCAGGACGGUGUUACCCUGCUGCACGUGGCUAGGCUAGAUCGGGCUCAGCGCCUGCGGCGAGGGGUGCUAACAGUGCUAAGGUCCACGUGCUGUGAGUGCCUCUUUCAAACCAUCGAGUACCUCGCACCCCGUGAGCUUGAAAAGAUUUGGACCCUUGCCGACUGGAUGAUAGAGCAGGAGGUGAGGAGUCAGGCGUCCCGGGUUCCACCCCCAGCUCGGCUACUAGAGAAAGGCAGAGCACUAGGGCCGCAGAGAUGGUGUUAGUUACCGGGGUGCAGAUCCCCAGUCAAAGGCCACCCUUGGGCGACAAGAACACAGCAGGUUUCUAGAGUUAUGUGUUACGAGCAGCUGUUUGCACACUGGGUGUUGUGAAUGCUGGAAGCCAUAGUCCCAGCCCAGGAAGGGAGGAGGUGCUGAGCUCUGCUGUGUGGCUGCAGCACUGAAAACCCCAGCUGUGCUGCCAGACAAGAAGCCGCACUUUUGUUAUUGCUGAAGACCUGCCUGGGUGAGAAAAGAUCAAAGAGAUUGUCCAGGACGGGCAAUAGAACAGCAGCUAUGGGCAAACCCACAACCUCAGAGCCAAACCCUUUCCAAAUAUCCAGGGGGUUUGGGAUCAGAUCGCAGCACCCGGAAUUACCCAGGUGGUUUUGGCUUCGUGUUCCGGUUGGGGCCUAGGUUCUGGUUUGGACCCCGCCAUGAUCUCGCAAGCACAUGUUCAUGGGCAAUCUCAGGCCCACGUGGCACCGUCCAGCCCUCGUCACUGUCACGUUCAAGAUGGCAGAAUUCUCCUCAAACCCCAAGCGUCUGCUCUUGGGUAGCAGCUUCUUGCCAGAAGAGCUGAUGAGACCAGAGGGCCCCUGAGCCCAAGCCUGCUCUGGAGAGCAGCUCCUUGGCCAUUCUCUAUUUAAGUAGAAACAAUUUCCGACAUGAAUGUGAACAACUGUGUUGCCAUUGAAGACUGUCUGGUCAGAUUCUCUACUGCCUUUCACCUUGUGUGGUUAUUUAUAGUCGUGCAAAGCAGGGGUAAUACUCCACCCUGUCAGAAUGGGAGCAUUUUACAUCCACUUGGCUCUGAUAUAAUGGGCACCCCAAGGCACAUGGUUGGAGAAUCAGGCCUCAGGCACCUUAGAAGGGGAAGCUCCUGGAAGUCGCAGGGCACGCUAGCAAGCUCUUUGCCCUCAGCCUUAGGUCUGUUCCCUUUACAGGUAAGGAGACACUUUGAUCUAGGCCUCCUCGAUACCGCAAAUACAGCUGGGUCCAGGGCCCCACUUCUCAGCUAGCUGACCCUGGAUGUGAUUAAAACCCAGUUCUGUUUGGCAGCACUGCUAGGAACUCGUUAGUCAGAUCCACAGCCCUGGUUCUGCCCUUUGUUGGGUCCCCUGGAAGCAGCUGCAUUUGCAGCACACUCCAAGGCCUCCUGCAUUAGAGUAGCUUGAUGGGGGCUCAGUUGAUACAAAAGUGCAUGGCUGGUUGUGUCUCACUGGAACACGGUUGUCUGCGGAGCCCUUCCUAUUUGUAAAUUUCACAUCUUCAUCAUGCCUGACCUUUUCUUCUGGCAGCUUAGCCCUUUCUGCAUUUGUUCAAUCAUAUCUGACGAAAAGCCAUUCUCUCUCUCUCUCUCUCUCUCUCUCACACACACACACAGAACAUGCAACUUGCUCACACAAACACAGGGAACAUGCAGCUCACACACACACAUGGAAUGUGCAGCUCACAAAGUGGAGCAAGGGAGGCCUGGCACCAUGCCACUGGAAUAAAUGGAAGUUAGGUACCUAACUACUUUUGUGAUGCUGGGCCCUUCUCAUCUAAAUCCCGAGGAGGAUGGGAAUAGGAAGGGGUUGCCAUGGGAAUCAGGACGUUCUUCCCAGGGUCACAGCCUGGACUGUCCUUGGAAGAAUAAGCAAAGGCUGGUGACGGGUGGUUGCAGCUCCAGGCCCUCAGUUGAUCCAACUCUGGAACAACUCCCCAGGAACACUCAUGUUCAUCCCUAAGGCCCGUGCAGGAGAAUAUGUCCACUGUCAAGCACGCUCCGUGCUAAUUAACCAGGUGGCUCCUCUCCAGCCCUCAAGGCUGCCAGGUUUGGGGUGUCUCCAGAUCUCCCCCCAUCCCCUUCUGUUUUGCAGACAUGCUUUCAAUGUGCCCAAGGUGGAAGGCCAUGACCAACUGCACAGAGCAGCAGUACUGGGACAAUCUCCUGUGUCAAUGCAUCUCCUGCAGAGUUGCAUGUAAUCGGCCUAUUGUGGAGAGAUGCACUACCUUCUGCGCAUCAAUGGAAUGCAGCAAGCAAGCCGGCUUCUACUAUGACGAGCUCUUGAGAAGAUGCAUCAACUGCUCGGGCAUCUGUGGGCAGCACCCAAGCCAGUGUGUCCAGUUUUGUGAGAAUAAACUAGUAACUACCUCAUCCCAAAUGGCUCCUCUGGAGCAGAAGCUAGGCAGUGAUCAGGACCAAUGGUUGGUUGUCUACCUGCUGCUGGCGCUCUGCCUUUGCACCGUGAUCUUCUCUUUGCUGGUGGGCUGGACCCACUUCAAAAGGAGGGGAGCGGAGGUCUCCUGCCAGCCCACCCCUGGGACCUGCCACAAGAGAGAGGAUUCCUCAAAAGAUCACUUAGUGGAAGUGGGGAGCGUUGGAGGCGGAUCCACUGGGAGCAGACUACCAGAGCCUGUGGAAACCUGUGGCUUCUGCUUCCCUGAACAAGGGCCUGCCAUGCAGGAGACCAAACCAUGUCACAGCUCCUUCUAUCAUCCUGGAGCAAGGGCUACUGCCUUGCAGGCUGGGAUAUCCAGCACAGGAAGUGCUGGGGCUAUCCCUGCCCCUGAGGAUGGCCAUUUCAAAAUCAUAUGCUCUCCAUCACAAGAGAAGACACCGAUGACAUGAACUCAUUGAGCAAUGUGGUGAUCAAGGAGAGAGGUAACACUCCCUGCACUCAGAAUAAAGCUGCUUGCAUUUGAUCCUUGCUGUCCAUCUUCAGUAAAACACAACUGUACCUUGCCUGCCAGUCACGAUAGAAGCUACCUUCACACCAUGGAAACAGACUGUGGACAGUCACUAUUUUCCUCUACUAUGGAAAUAAAAUUCUCAUGAUUGUUAUGCACUCAC